UUUACUCAGCCAUAAGAUGAUAGAAGUCAGCUACGAGUGAUACAGGGACAGGAUGAAGUCGUGGUGAUGGUAAUAAUGCACGCGACAUAGCCGAAGAGGACCAGAUUUAUUAAACAUGAAAAAGGAAAUGAUUCACUCCUGGUCCUGCCUCAUAAAAUCCUUAUUGACUUUUGAAAUAGACAUGAUCUAGCAAAAUAAAUCAAAUUCGAGGAGUUUUCAUUAGAGUCAGCCACUGCCUCGAAGGACACGUCCUCAAGGUCGUCAACAAAGCAACGCAGUGCUAUGGCAGCCACCACGUCGAUGCCUUCUACCUCUGCAGUCGAGGACCUGCUUGUAGAGGAGCUGUUGGAUCCUCAGAAGGCUGAUGACGCCAAUGCUCCCCACUUGCACCACCCUCGUGCACACCAGAGCACCUUGUGGCUUUACGGGGUGCUGUUGCAGCAGGGGUCCGCGUUUGUUUGCACGUUGGGUCUCGUCUUGCAGAAGCUGUCUGCGUCACAAGUGAAGAUUAUGAAAUUGGUGGAAAGUUCUUCCCUCAGUAAUCAAGAAACCUCGAUCUGACAGCUCUACUUCUACUCCCUCAGUAAUCCAAACAAAAACCGUGACUUGUGUUGCUAGAACGUUUCGUCUUGUUAGGGUGUGCAGUGCCGUCCAUGGAGUCGCUGCCAUGCCCCUUCGGACCUUGUUGGUCUGGUUUCGGCUGGGCGGUUCUAGUUUCUGACGUUUGAAGGUAAAAACUCUUCGGUUGAUAUGACUGAAGUUUUUGCGCCGAAAUUAGGCGCUAUUCCACGAGUCAUGGCAAAAACCUUGAUCUGACAGCUCUACUUCUACCUCCUCUAAUCCAAACAAAGACCGAGCCUUGUGGCGGCAGCCUUUGUGGGUUCUAGGUUUUUCCUGUUUCCUUGGUGGCCAGCUUUUGAUGCCAGCAGCGUUAGCUUUGGCGCCGCAGUCAGUCCUGUCGUGUCUGGCUCCAAGUGGCCUCCUGGCGAACAGCGUGUUGACGCCGUGCCUGUUAGGUAUUUUUUUUUGACAGCAGGGCAGCCUGCUGGGUGUUACAAAAGCGGUAACGGGGUUCUUUCAUUCUGAACAUCGUCUUUGCUGUUGAUUAAUAGUGCCUCCAAAUAAAAGCGUUUGCUUGCGUCUUUUCUUAUGAUCCUUUCGUUCUCUUCAACCUCAUAUCAUAACUUCUCCUUUCGUGUCAACUUCAACUCUCAAUGUCCCUCCUCAUCUGCACCCACCAGGUGAACAACUCCAGUCCGGCCACUUUUUGUCUAUAAUCUUCAUUUUUGCCGGGUGUAUUUGUAGUGUCCGAUACGGUCUGCAUCCCAACGACACAGAUGCGAAGGUUGACUUAGAAAGGUUCUAUUUUCUGGUAUCGCAACCACUGGCACAUGCUCUUUUGUUGAGUACCUUUGUAUUCGUUUUUUUCGCACGGAAGGCGUUGGUGCAGAUAUUUUGCGCGAGAAGACACCGAUCUUCGAGGGCGACAGAUGAAGCGGAGGACGGAGCUGUAGGUGGAGGUGAGAGCAAGGAUGGAGAUUAUGGCUUAAAAAAAGCAGCGGCUAGAGGUGUUCAAGUUGAUCUUGAUUUUUUUUCACUACAACAUGUACACCCACUUCAAGCACAGGGCUAAUAGUGAAACCUACAUUUAUUUCACUACAACAUGCAUAGAUACAGGGGAAGUAAAGAACAAAUGCGCGACGGGGAUACGCUAGUACAACUGGUUCUAAAUGAUCGUGAACGCAUCGUCCUCCAGCUCUUCCUACCGGGACCUAACCGACGGAGAGAGGCUUCUGCGCGCCACGUCUUCCCGAGUUCAAAAAGCUGUUUCUCUGGAUGACGACAGUGUUGAGGAUGACGCGUCUACUCCUGGACAAGAACAUGGUUGUAAUAAUGCAACCGGAGCUAACGUUCCUACAGCUGCAGCACUAAAGGAGCAAUCGUCACCCUUCAUGCUGAUGCUGUUAUCGUCUAUUUUUGGCGCUGUGAGCGUGACGAGUACGAAGUUCGUCAGCUCGCUCGUCGCAGAAGAAUACAUCGUUGGAUUGGAGGCGGGAGGAACGGGAGGUAGUUCGUUUUGCUCUAUUUUCAAUAAUGUUAUGGUAAGUACUGAUACCAUUACUACAUGAUCUUUACUCCAUCUUAACUUCGAUCUUUCUUACAACAGGUGAACAGGAACGAUAUGCGACCACCUCCUCUGAACAAGAGAACCCUUCGUCUUCGACUGUCGACUUCUUUACCAACAUAGCCGCAACCCUCCUCAGUCCACUGUCCUGGUUAGUCUUCUCACAAGCAGGGAGAGUUUGUUUAGUCCUUGUCCUGUUCGGCAUUCUUUGCAUGGCGUUUCUGAGCAUUUCGCUUCUGAACGCGUCGAUGCUGAGGUUCUCGAGUUUAACCACCGUGACGCUGUCAACAGCCUUGGGUCUCGUGUGCCAGUUUGUCUACGGCUGUGUGGUUUUCGAGGAGUACAAAGCCUUUACGGUCUCGAGUGCAAUGGGAACCACGAUAGGAAUUUUGCUAAAUCUGUGUGGACUGUCUUGCCUCGCUUUAGCGCCAGCAGGGUCUUCGGAUUCGGCCGAGGAGAAAGGAGAUGCGGGACGAGAUGGAGUUGUAAUGACACAAGAAAGUCAAAGUCAAGAAACUUCUGUCGAAUUAACGCGAUUGGGAAAUAGCAACGAGGAUAUGUUGACGAAUAAGCAGAUAGUGAAUACAUCUGAACAACAAGCAGGUGCAGGAGCAACGAGAUUAUCGGCAGCAUCUGUUCCAUCAUCAAGGCUUUUUCUUGAUUUUCUGGGAGAUUAUCUGCCGUUCGCAACCCGCGGGGACAAAGAAAUUGAACUUGCCUCACAGUUAUGGUUUGGCUUGUUGGAGUUGGUACUGUGAACUCCAUAAUAAACUUGUAAAAGUAGACGCACGUUUUUCGAAGAACCACGACAUUAGACUCUCUAACUCACCAAUUGAUAGCAGGGCAGCAUCCAAGUGGGCCGCACCGCUAUUCUCCACUGGGCGCAUAUGAGCAACCGAACUCGAUAUUUCGGCGGACUGGUCCGGUUGUGGAAUAAUGUUAAAGAUGUUUAAAGGAACUCAGGACAUGAAUAAUCAACAGACUACUUUUUCUUUCAGGGUUCAGAUUAUGCGCUUACCCUGAGAAAACAUAGGACACAUCGACAUGAAUUAGAGAAAAUAGAAACUACAUCUACCACAUCAUGAAAUUCAUCAUCACAUUUGAAAAAUGCCAUAUUAUAAAUGACUGUUUACACUAAUGAGAGAUGUUUUUUGUUUCUUAGAGUUUCUCACGUGCUGUAGAAGUAGUGAAUGCUCUAAUAUCCAACCGAGAAGCCUUCUUGUCAGUGGCCUCGUCCCCGCACUGUAUGAAAACCGAAAAUGAACAUAAGUUUCAGUACACUUAAUGAAUACCCUUGAUAUACACUCCCAAAUUUUUCAUCCUCUUUUUUACUCAGCCACAUUUAGCGAUUAUAUAUGUAAUAUGAUCUCACUCAAUAAUUUUGUAUUUUCUUGGACAGAUCUUGAUUUUUGAUCCAUCAAUGUACAACCUCUUCCUAUGUGGGGUUCUGCAUUUCGUCUAGCUUCUGCAUGGAAAAAACGAUACUACUAGGUGAACAUCUUCAAUCUUUACAGUUUUGAUUUUGCUUACUUGAGAAUAUACUAGUCUAUUAGACUGAAUCUGAGAUGAUGGAAUGGUGAAGCAUGACCGGCCGAGAUCGGCGCUGACCAGAGCAUUCAAAGAACCUUGAUAA